AUGUCCGCGCAGUCCCAGCAGUUCAAGGAGGAAAUGGAGUCCGCUUGGGCAUACAUAGACGAGAACUUCGACCCAGAGUUCCUAUUUGGAAAGGUCGGCUACCAGUUCGUUCUGUCCCAUGCCAUCCGCUCUUCGACACACCCGCUGGUGACGGGGGUCACGCUCAUUGCAGCCAUGGCGCCGCUGACCAAUGGGGCCAACAUCAAGACGUUCCCAGGAUCGCCCACGCAGCUCAACGUUGUCGCUGUCCUAACCAAUUUUCCUCAGACACGAAAGUCUCAGAUGACCAAGCUGGCGAAGGAGAUCGGCGACUGUCUGGGCGCGAAGAUCCUCGCCAAGCUCGAGGCCAAGGUCGCCGAGGAGUUGGAGGCGCGCAACCGCCCAGUGGACAUCGGUGGUCCGGGCGCGCCGCCGAAGGCCCCCCCUCGCGUGGCCAGCGCAGUGUUGGCCUCGUUCACCCCUGCCAAGUUCUUCGAGAAGAUGAGCGGUGAUGCGCAGCAGCUUGAUAAUGCUGAAGAUGUCGGGCUUCCCUCGCUGCGCGGGAGCGUCCACCUUGGCCGGCUCGCGAAUGCCGAUGAGGUAUAUGCGCCCUUCGCCGCCUUCGGCUUGAUCCGCGACGACUCCCAUCGCUCGUCCACCAAUGCCCAGACGGUGAACGAGCACGCUGGGGCCCUCAAUCGCCUGCUGCAGUGGGGGGAGUGCCCGCGCGCAACAAAGAGCUCAGGAUCCUACGGGGGAGGUCUCACGCCAGCGGUGUCCCUCGCCUGGCUGGGCAACAUCCACCCAGAGAUCGCCGUCCCGAUGGACAGGGGCGCUCUGGGCAGCCACGCGGGGGCUACCAAAGAGCGCAUGUUCUUCUACACGGGCCGCCCAGAGCCUCCUCGCAGUGCCCUUCCAGAUGCGUAUGAGCUGCCCGAGAACCACGCGUGGGCAGAGCUGGACGUGGACAUGGCCGUGCUGUCCGGCAUGAAAGAGCUCAUCGGGGGCCCCGAGGCUGCGGAGCAGGCGCAGUUGCCAAGGGCGCGCGCCCAUGGGGACGAAGCGCCAGAAGAAGGCGGGGACCGCUCCGUUCGGUAUCGCCCUGACGCGGAGGGGUUCCUCUUCACGUUGCCGGACGGCGUGCCCAGUCGCCUGCGGUAUUGCUGGGCCAACGACGAGUGGGUGGCCGAGUAUCGCAUCGGCAACGAGAACAUCCCGCUGCCUCCAUCGCACGAGAUCACGGCAGCGGCGGAGCGAGUUUCCACUCUCUUCUCGAAGGCGGGGGAGACUGUGACGUUGUCCGAGGCUGCCGCGAAACUCAUGCGCAGCGUCAGUACCUUCGCCUCGGUCAAAGCGUCUUUGGCCGUGGAGGAAGGGGGCACUGUGACCAGCGCGCGCUGGGGGACUGCCCCUUGGAAAGCGAGCGUAUUGACUGGCUUGCUGUUCGCUUUCGACUCAUUUGUCGGACAGGCGCCCGCUGCCAGGCCAGACCCCGCAGGUGCGCUGGUCGCCACGCGGGGGCAGGUGGAGCGCGCCAAGCGCUUGCUGGCCUUGCUCGAGGGCGCGCGGGAGCAGUGGCUUGACGCCACCGAUGAGGAGCGCGCGAAGUCGGUUCUGCACAUGAGCCAGCAGAGCGCCGACUUCUUGGCUGGCCUGCCCGCCGGGUUCGGCCUGGAGCAGGGGCAGCCGUCGGGGCUCGCCGGCGCAGAGCCGUCUGGGGCGCCAGCCGCAACGGCGCGGCCGCCAACGAAGCGAGCCCGCGCGCAGAGCGCCGAGCCGCCGGCCUCGGCGCAGAGUUCGCGACCAGCCGCCAGCCCGGCGGAUGCCGCGUUCGCCGAGGGCCAGGGCGAGGCGUGGAAGACGGACCGCGACAUCGUCCGCUACACGCUGCAGCGGGGCAAGGGGGUGGUCAAGUGCUCCGAGAUUUGCGGGAACUUGCGCCGCGAAGCGAUGGUGAACGGCAGGAAGAAGCGCUUGGGCUUGCCCCAGAAAGUCUGGGAGGACGUGAUGGCCGCUGCCUUGGCGCAGUACCCUGUCGGCGACUUGCUCGAGGUGGGCGCGCCGAGAUCCAGGGUUCAGUGGCACGCGCCGCCGUCGGCGGCGGCCGGGCGCGAGGCCAUGGUCAAGUGGCACAAUCUCCUGGUGGACAUGUGCAGGCUUACAGGCCGCGAGGUGAGGGCCCUCUUGCAGCGGGCCCAGGCCCCCGCGGCAAGCGGGUAG